CUCCUAUCAUAGCCUCGGCUUUUCGAAAAAAGUUCGAUGGUGAAAAUAGACGCAGGACACAGGACUAGGUACUCGUCGAUCUUGGAGUUGGAUUCUAAGGACAUAUUGGCUAAAACGUCUUUACUUGUUACGCUAUAAAGGAUUUCAAAGAAUAUAGGUGUGAAAUGACGCGGCGCCAUAGCGAAAGUCUUGGCGACACUGAUAGUGGAAGGGAAUCAGUGGUUAGUUCAUCAAAUGUAGAUGUUGAAGUUCCUGAUGCAAGACCAGUUUGCAUAUUGAAGACAAAAGAUGAUCAUUCAUUUGAACUUGAUGAGGAAGCAUUGGCUGAUAUCCUCUUGCAACCAGAAAUAAGAAGUAAAAAAGUUGUGGUUGUUUGUGUUGCUGGUGCUUUCAGAAAAGGGAAAUCAUUUUUGCUGAACUUUUUGAUUAGAUAUCUGGACAGGAAGGAUAAAAGUAAUUGGUUAGGUGAUGAAAGUGAGGCUCUCACUGGGUUUGGAUGGAGAGGUGGAGCAGAAAGAGAAACAACCGGGGUGUUAAUGUGGAAUAAACCUCACACUUGUGUGUUGCCUAAUGGUGAAGAGGUUGCUAUCUUGAUAAUGGACACACAAGGGGCAUUUGAUAGUUCCUCGACUGUCAAAGAGUGUGCAACAGUGUUUGCACUAAGUACAAUGGCAAGUUCUGUGCAGAUUUACAAUUUAUCAAGUAACAUUCAAGAGGAUCAUUUGCAACAUCUACAGCUGUUCACGGAGUAUGGGCGGCUUGCCUUAGAAGAAAGUGAUAGUAAGCCAUUCCAGCGCUUGGAAUUUUUGAUAAGAGAUUGGAGUUAUCCAUAUGAAUAUUCUUAUGGUGAUGGGAGUAAUUUCCUGGAUCGAAGGCUUAAGGUAGAGCCAGCACAACACGAAGAGCUGAAGCAAGUAAGAUCACAUAUUAAGUCUUGCUUUCAAAAAAUUGGUUGCUACCUUUUGCCACACCCAGGGAAAGUUGUUGCUACAAAUCCAAGCUUUGAUGGCAGGCUUUCAGACAUUGAUGAUGAGUUCAAGGAAUGUCUCCAGGAGUUUAUUCCGAGAGUUCUGGCACCAGAAAAUCUUCUUAUCAAAAAUAUAAAUGGCAGCGAUGUGACUUGCAUGGGACUCCUAGAAUACUUUAAAUCUUACGUCAAAAUCUAUGAAGGAGGGCAGUUGCCAGAGCCAAAGUCAAUGCUUCAGGCAACGGCUGAGGCAAACAAUCUGGCCGCUCUUGCUACGGCCAAGGAUCAGUACAGCAGAGAUAUGGAAAAGAUUUGUGGUGGCGAUACGCCUUACCUAUCACCCACCGAACUUGAGGCCAAACAUGGGAAUAACGAGGCAAAGGCACUCACCUUGUUCCGCGCAACAAGAAAAAUGGGCGGAGAAAUAUUCAGUCAUGAAUUUGAGGAGAAGCUCCGAGCUGAUAUGAUGGAAAUGUACCAAAACUUCGUCAAGCUAAAUGAUAGUAAAAACAUUUUCAACUCAGCCCGCACACCAGCAGUGUACCUCGCCUUGAUGACCACUGCCUACUUCCUGUCUGGUUUCUUCACUAUGCUAGGUGUCUAUUCAUUUGCAAACAUGUUCAAUAUUUGUCUGGGUCUCUGCCUGAUAUGCAUCAUUUUGUGGGCUUACAUAAGGUUCAGUGGUGAACUGGUAGAGAUCGGGCAACAGCUUGACUCGGCGGCUGAAUGGAUUUGGGACGAGGUAUUCAUGCGAUUAUAUGCACUUGCAGUGGAGCAAGGGACAAAAGCCAUUGUCAACAGACAAAUAUCGAGGAAAAAGACCCAAUGACCUGCUUCUGUCUUUGCAGUUCGAAUUUUAUUUCAUCGAAAGAUAUUCUAACACAACAGAAUAAACUCCCCGCUAAAGAAUUCACCAAUCGUUGUCGCACAAUGUCUUCAAAGUUGUAACAAAGUAUGCUCGGACUGUGGUAACUGCUACGUUUAAAUGUCUUAUGUAUAAACAUCGUUAAUGUGUAUUAAGAAUGUUAGGUAUUAGUUAAUGAUUGAAAAUUGAAACAGCAAAAAACCUCGUAAAGAAAAAUAUGAUACCACUGUAAUUAUGAUUGUUAUUAUUGUAGCUGUAAUUACUGGCCA